AUGGACAGUACCUGCCACAACGCGACUGCCAAAAUGUUAGCUACUGCUCCGGCCCGGGGCAACAUGAUGAGCACCUCCAAACCCUUGGCUUUCUCCAUCGAACGAAUCAUGGCGCGCACCCCCGAGCCCAAGGCCCUGCCCGUCCCCCACUUCCUGCAGGGAGCCGUGCCCAAGGGGGACCCCAAGCACUCCCUGCAUCUUAACUCGUCGAUCCCCUGCAUGAUCCCUUUCGUGCCUGUGGCGUACGACACGAGCUCCAAGGCAGGAAUGACUGGCUCGGAGCCGCGGAAGGCGAGUCUGGAGGCUCCGGCGGCACCGGCGGCGGCGCCCGCGGCGCCCGCGUUCAGCUGCAGCGACCUGCUCAACUGCGCGCUGAGUCUCAAGGGCGACCUGGCCCGAGACGCGCUGCCGCUGCAGCAGUACAAGCUGGUAAGGCCGCGUGUGGUCAACCAUUCUUCCUUCCACGCCAUGGGAGCCCUGUGCUACCUGAAUCGAGGUGACGGCCCAUGCCACCCGGCGGCCGGCGUUAACAUCCACCCGGUGGCCUCCUACUUCCUCAGUUCCCCUCUGCACCCUCAGCCAAAAACGUAUUUAGCUGAAAGGAAUAAACUGGUGGUCCCGGCGGUGGAGAAGUACCCCUCGGGAGUAGCUUUCAAAGACUUGUCCCAGGCUCAACUGCAGCAUUAUAUGAAAGAAAGCGCCCAGCUUCUGUCGGAAAAAAUCGCAUUCAAAACCUCUGACUUCAGCCGAGGCUCUCCUAAUACCAAGCCCAAGGUUUUCACUUGCGAAGUGUGUGGAAAGGUCUUUAACGCACACUAUAACUUAACUCGUCACAUGCCAGUGCACACAGGAGCUAGACCCUUCGUUUGCAAAGUGUGUGGAAAGGGCUUCCGGCAAGCCAGCACCCUGUGCAGGCACAAGAUUAUUCACACCCAGGAAAAACCUCACAAAUGUAACCAGUGUGGCAAAGCAUUUAAUAGAAGUUCCACUUUAAACACACAUACCCGAAUACACGCAGGCUACAAACCGUUUGUGUGUGAAUUCUGUGGCAAAGGAUUUCAUCAAAAAGGGAAUUACAAAAACCACAAGUUGACCCACAGUGGGGAGAAGCAGUUCAAGUGCAAUAUCUGCAACAAGGCUUUCCACCAGGUUUACAACCUCACCUUCCACAUGCACACUCACAACGACAAGAAGCCCUUCACCUGUCCCACGUGUGGCAAGGGCUUCUGCAGGAACUUUGACCUCAAGAAGCACGUCCGCAAGCUGCACGACAGCAGUUUGGGGCUGGCCCGCACGUCUGCUGGGGAGCCCGGCAUGGACCCGUCGCCCCCUCUUCAGCAGAUGCCACCUGCGACCUUGCCGCCUCCGCCGCCCCCGCUGCCACCCCCUGGGCCCCUGCAGCCUGGGCUCCACCCGGCCCAUCAGUGA